AUGGCCGUGCUGUACUUUCCCCUCUCCACGCUAGCAAACCCUGUGGAGGCUUCCCAAAUGCAGUACUCGGGCUCGGCUUCCGACGACGCCGUCGAAGUCAUCUCCAAGACCGCCGUCACCAUCAUCACCGUCAGCGAGAACGCUGCUGACACACAGCCUGAAGUUGCUCCCACCGAGACCGAAGACGACGACGACGACAACAACUACUGGCCGACCUCCUCCGUCAUCGGCAUGAACCUCGAGCAACUCCUCUCCUACGAGUUCGACGACCACAAUUUCGGCCUCCGGCCCUCCACCCAAGCCAGCAAACCCUCCCUCACGCACGGCCUGCCCUCCGCAACUCCCAAAUCCGACGUCAGCCACCACUACGCCGGCGGCCUCAGUCAAGAAGAAGAAGAAGCCCACGCACUAUCCAUCAUCAACGCCGUCGCCGCGCCCAUCCGCGCUGCGGCAGCCUCCAUCGGCAACGACGUCCCGGACAACAACGACCCGUCCGCAUCCCCCCUCCCCACCCCAGCCGCCUCCCUCGACCGCCGCCUCAUCUGGAUCCCGAACAUGGCGGGCUGCGACGAUAAGGACUACCCCGGCCAGCCCCAAUGGAAGCGCUCCAUAAAGCUCCUCCUGCCCCCCAACCCCCUAGCCCCACGCGCCGAGCACCACGCCUACCGCGCGCGCCUCUACGACCUGGCCAAAACCGCGGCCCCCUACAUGCCUCAAAAUCGCGCCACCAAAACCACCAGCGCCGCCAGUACUGGGUCCCGUCGCAAGAGCUCGGGCGCGCCGUACGGCGCCGUGCUCAGCCAUCCUGGAUAUGCACUCUACACGGAUAUGAGUGCGUACGAGAAGGCGCUGAGCACGUGGGCGAGCGACAACGCGUUGAAUAGUUGUUGGAGCAGCCAGCCGCAGUUUGUGGUGACAACGGUGAAGAAGCAGGUCAGCAAGGCGCCGAUUAUUGGGAGCAAGACGUACAAGGGGAAUGUUAUUCCGAAGAAGGGGCAGCCGAAGGGGGAUGGGGUUACCAUUUGA